AUAGAUUAGGCAAAUGAACCAAGGAGGGUGGGGAGGUCGGCUACGAAUUAGCUUAAGUUAUUAAAGAUGGCGGCGGAGCGGAGUCGCUCCCCGAUGGACCCCCCGGUCCCGGCCUCUAUGUUCGCCCCCGAGCCCAGCUCUCCGGGGGCGGCCAGGGCUGCGGCGGCUGCCGCCCGGCUCCACGGCGGCUUCGACUCGGACUGCAGCGAGGACGGCGAGGCGCUCAACGGCGAGCCAGAGCUGGACCUGACCAGCAAGCUGGUUCUAGUGAGCCCUACAUCAGAGCAGUAUGACAGCCUACUUCGGCAGAUGUGGGAGAGGAUGGACGAGGGAUGCGGAGAGACCAUAUAUGUCAUUGGGCAGGGAUCAGAUGGGACUGAGUACGGGCUCAGUGAAGCUGACAUGGAGGCCUCCUACGCCACAGUGAAGAGCAUGGCAGAACAAAUAGAGGCCGAUGUCAUCCUCCUGCGGGAACGUCAAGAAGCUGGGGGCCGAGUGCGUGAUUACCUGGUCCGGAAACGAGUGGGAGACAAUGACUUCCUGGAGGUCAGGGUAGCAGUAGUGGGAAACGUGGAUGCUGGCAAAAGCACGCUUCUGGGGGUCCUGACACACGGGGAGCUGGACAAUGGCCGAGGCUUUGCCCGCCAGAAACUCUUCCGCCACAAACAUGAGAUUGAAUCUGGUCGCACCAGCAGUGUGGGCAACGACAUUCUGGGCUUUGACAGUGAAGGCAAUGUGGUGAACAAACCAGACAGCCACGGUGGCAGCCUGGAGUGGACAAAGAUUUGUGAGAAAUCCACUAAGGUGAUUACCUUCAUCGACUUGGCUGGCCAUGAAAAAUACCUGAAAACCACUGUCUUUGGCAUGACAGGCCAUUUGCCUGACUUCUGCAUGCUCAUGGUGGGCAGCAAUGCUGGCAUCGUGGGGAUGACCAAGGAGCACCUGGGAUUGGCAUUGGCGCUCAAUGUGCCUGUCUUUGUGGUGGUCACCAAGAUUGACAUGUGUCCUGCCAACAUCCUGCAAGAAACCCUGAAGCUGUUACAGCGCCUGUUGAAGUCACCAGGCUGCCGGAAGAUCCCUGUGUUGGUGCAGAGCAAGGAUGAUGUGAUUGUUACAGCCUCUAACUUCAGUUCUGAGAGGAUGUGCCCGAUAUUCCAGAUCUCCAACGUUACAGGUGAGAACCUAGACCUGCUGAAGAUGUUCCUCAACCUCCUCUCCCCCCGCACCAGCUACCGGGAGGAAGAGCCUGCUGAGUUUCAGAUCGACGACACCUACUCAGUCCCUGGUGUGGGGACAGUGGUGUCCGGGACAACACUGAGGGGCCUAAUCAAGCUGAAUGACAUGCUGCUGCUGGGCCCAGAUCCCUUGGGUAACUUCCUGUCCAUUGCUGUCAAAUCAAUUCAUCGGAAGCGCAUGCCUGUCAAGGAGGUGCGGGGGGGCCAGACGGCCUCCUUUGCUCUGAAGAAAAUCAAGCGCUCGUCCAUCCGGAAGGGCAUGGUGAUGGUUUCCCCACGCUUGAAUCCCCAAGCAUCCUGGGAGUUUGAGGCUGAGAUCCUCGUCCUCCACCACCCCACCACGAUUAGCCCACGCUACCAGGCCAUGGUUCACUGUGGGAGCAUCAGGCAGACGGCCACCAUUCUGAGCAUGGACAAGGACUGUCUGCGCACUGGGGACAAGGCCACUGUGCACUUCCGCUUCAUCAAGACCCCCGAGUACCUGCACAUAGACCAGCGGCUGGUGUUCCGGGAAGGCCGCACCAAGGCUGUGGGCACCAUCACCAAGCUCCUCCAGACCACCAACAACUCCCCAAUGAACUCCAAGCCCCAGCAGAUUAAAAUGCAGUCAACGAAAAAGGGCCCCCUGACGAAGCGAGAAGAGGGGGGCUCCUCUGGCGGGCCGGCAGUAGGAGCACCCCCCCCGGGAGAUGAAGCUUGCUCUCUAGGGGCUGCGCAGCCGGCGGCAUCGAGCAGUCUCCAGGCGCAGCCCAAGCCCAGCAGCGGGGGCCGGCGGAGGGGGGGCCAGCGUCACAAGGUGAAGUCCCAGGGGGCCUGCGUGACUCCUGCCAGCGGCUGCUGAAUCUCUCGGCCCACCCCCACCACCCUGCCACAGCUCCACAAGAUGGGCCAGACAGCUCUGACCACCAGCCGCCCUUCCCAGGCCGCCUCCGGAGCCUCAUCACUUCCCCACCCCCAUUUUCCAGGGGGGUUGUAAUUUAUAAGCUGAGAAGGUGGCCAGACUUCUGGAGGACUGACCAUCUCCCACCCUCCUCCUCCCUGCCUUCUUCCUCACUCAACAUUUUUUGUACAUCGGGGCCCUUAGUUUUUAUUCUUUUUAUUACAUGUCUCUCUCUCUCGUGUGUGUGGGUGUGGUGGUGCAUGGGGGCGGCCGGUCAGGGCCCUGGCUGUCUCUCUUCUCCUCUGUGACUGGCCACCCGCCCCCAGGAGCAGGCUGCUGGGCCACCCGCCCGUGCGUCUCUGGGGGCCAUCAGGAGCUGGAGAGCACCCUCCUUGCCUGUGCACGGAGCCGGACUGGGGCUGAGGGCUUCUUGGUGUAGGUGUCUGCUGCUGCCCGAGCAGUGAGCCCUCCUUUUGGGGGUUGGGGGUUUAGCAGGGUGGAAAGUGGUAGCUUCCCCUUUUUUCUCUCCCAUUUUUUCCCACAGACCCCAAAAUAGGCAAUGCCGAAGGCUCCUAAAUCAUGACCUGUAUGUACAUGUGUGGAGGGGAGAGGCAUUUGGAUUGUAGAAUUUCCCCCCAACCCUAACUCUGACCCUUGCCACUGACCCAGAGACAACUGGUGGGUUUUCUCCCCCCUUUGAGACAAUCCUGUGUUUGCCUGGCUGGCCGGGGACGACCCCCACUCUGCUGGUUCUGAGCUGGAGGCUGUCUGGCUGCCUCUUGCUUGGACUUUGGCUCUGAAUCUUGUUGGGCCUCGGGGCACUGACGACCUAGACUGGGGUCGGCCUGCUCAGGGUCAUGCUCACUAGCACCUCCUGUUGGUGAGGAUAGGGGGUGUUCCUCUGAGCCAUGCCAGGACUGGACCCCCUCUUUCCCCACUGCAUUUUGCCACGUCACCUCACCAUGGCUGCUACAGGAGCAUAAGCAUGAAGGAUCUGAUCCCCAGGUUUGGAAGUCCUGACGGUGUGGGUGGGGGUCAGGGGCAAUGAAAACACUCUUCCAGGCACAGCACAGCAUCCAGUCCCCUGGAGAAUCUGCCCGGGGUAAGGGUGGGUUGUCCAGGCCAGAGAUGGCAGUGUUGGCCCCAACCCAGCCUGGUCUGAGCUGUGGGCUGAAGCCCUCAGUUUAGGGCAGAGAUGCAUUCUUUCCCUAGCUGGGCAGACACCCAGCUGGCUGGGUCCUUCCUCAGCCUUGCCUCCUUCCCCACCCUUAAUCCUUCUCCCUUUCUCCUGCUCUGAACUGUUGAUCCUCUCCCUCUCUCCCAACUUUUUCUAGUUACCAGUGACCUGUGGCCAUGGACCGACCAGACCAGGACACAAAAUAAAACUUGUUCUAAGUUGACAGUGUCAUGUUCCCUGCCCAGCCCGUGCAGGUGGAGGGGCUGCCUUGGGGGCCCCUUGCUCUGCCCACCCUAGAGCCCCUGGCUGUGGAGCAGGGCAGGCCCAGGAGGUGCCCAGCUUCUCUCAGGCCAGCAUGGCUUCAAAACACAGGUUCCUCCACCAGCUGGGACACAGGACAAGUUGCCAGCCUCCUGUGAACCUCAGUUUCCUCUUCUACAGCAAGAGGCAGAUAAAUGCCUGCAGCCAGGGUUGUAAUGCUUCAGUGAAAAGAUAUGUGAGGCCCUAGUGCGCCCAGCACAUGGGAGGUGCCCUGUAAAUGGGUACCGUGCUGCCUCCCACCCACACAGGCUUCCAAGUCCAUAGCAGAGGCCAAGAGCUGGGGACAGGCUUAGAGGCAGAAUGUGGCAUUGCCGCGUCUCUGCUGUGUGGCUGGGGCUCUGCCAGCUGUCUCCCUGGCUGUACUUUGUUGCAGCUACUAUCUUGGAGGGAGGUGGUGUUGGUUCUUCCUUUUCUGGUAAGGAAACUGACGGUCAGAAGAGCAGUGCCCCACCGCCCCCAUCAGGUGUGUGUGUGUCCUUGCCCCAGGCCUCACCCCCAGGCACUGCUCCACGUGACCUUUGCUGGCUGUUUCCUGCUUGCUUUGUGACUGGUUCUGCUUACAGGGGCUGCUGCCACUGGUGCCUUCGUAAUAGGAGGGCUCCGACGCUGAGCGCCCACACCCCCUGCUCUGUCCCCAUGGCAGGUACUGUGGAAUGUGUGUGCCCACAGGACUCGGACAAGGCAGGACCUUUCUGUGCGAACUCUUGCCCCUAUGAGCAUAACCACUUUAUUUACAUUUGGAAUUUGUGGCCACCACCAUGGCCUCUGCCCUCAGACACUCAAGUCAUUGUGGCUCUCUGGUCACUAGGCUAGCACCUCCUAGCAUAGGGCUGACUGAAUACAGCGUUUUACACUUGUUAACAGGAACUGCAAAGAUCCCCUUUAGGUCUCAGCCCUACCAACCAUUCAUUUGGAACAAAACACCAGCCCUUUUGUAGAUGAUAAAGAAUAAAGUUGUUAACCCG